AUGGAUAUCGACUUUGUGUUAAGGCUUCCUUCUCCUGCACCUCUUAGGGAUAAAAGUUCCACUGAUGAGAAAAGGGAUGUGGAGAGGUGGGAGAAGUUAAAUUGCAUGUGCAUGAUGAUCAUGAAGAUGGUCAUUCCAGAAGCAUUCAGAGGCACUACGUCUGAGAAGAUAACUAGUGCUAGAGAGUUCCUUGAGGACAUUGAGAAAAUGUUUGCUAAGAAUAAAAAGGCUAAAACUAGUACAUUUUUAGCAAAUCUUAUCUUAAUGAGAUACAAAGGGAAAGAAAAUAUUAGAGAGUACAUCAUGGAGAUGUCUCACACUGCUUCAAAGCUGAAAGCGCUUAAGCUUAAACUCUAUUAG